AUGUAUCAUUAUAUUGAGGAUUUAGUUCCUGAAGAUGGGCAUCCUUCAUAUUUACAACUAUAUUUCUUCGAUACGGAGCACGAGUUAGAAAAUCGUAUUCAUGACGCAGAAAAAUUAGAUCCUUCUAUCAUUGCUCGAUUAAUGGAUAUACUUGAGGUUAAUCCAUAUUGUCGCUUCUUUAGAACCCUCAGCAACAUUUCAAGUCUUGAAAAUCAUACAAUUCGUAUAAGAUCAGAUAUUGAUUUAGACCAACGUGUUUACAAUGCUCCGUCGGUAUCGCAAGUAGCAGCUAUAUGGACAGAAACUGACAACUGUACAGAACAAAAAGGUCGAGACAUUAUUGUUUUUAACAAAGCAGGAGGCAGUCAUAUUGUUCAGUAUUAUUUUGGAUGUUAUGAUCCAUUACAAUACCCAUUAUUGUUUCCUUUCGGUGACUCGGGUUGGCACCAGGGAAUCAAAAAAGUAGAAAGAGGAACGAUAUCGUUAAAUGCCCAGGCAUUAGAAUCACACUUUAUUGAACAUUCAAAUAGCGCGGAAGAAUUUCUUCGAAAAGAAGGCCAAGUUUUGAAGAAUAAGAAGAAAGUACCAACGGUUUCAUGUCGUAAAUAUUAUUGUUUCAAAUUACAAAUAAGAGAUAUGUACAUGUCGAUUUUGUUACUAUCUGGUCGUUUGCUGCAACAAUUUGUUGUCGAUAUGUACAUUAAAAUUGAAACGUCAAGACUAGAUUAUUUUCGCUCGAAACAACAUGAGAUUAGAUCAUAUGUGUAUCAAGGUAUUGUAGAUAGUCUUUCAGUUGGAGAAACUUGCGCAUCCAAUAUUGGAAAACGGAUUAUUCUACCUUCAUCUUUUAUUGGAGGUCCAAGAGAUAUGCGGAAGAGAUAUAUGGAAGCAAUGGCAUUAGUUCAACGUUUUGGCAAACCUGAUAUAUUUCUAACCAUGACAUGUAAUCCAAAUUGGGAAGAAAUCUUAGAACAACUAAAUCCACAUGAAAAAGUUCAGAACCACCCUGAUUUAAUUGCAAGAAUCUUUAGAGCAAAAUUAGAAGAAUUGAAGAUUGAUAUGUUUAAGCGAGAAAUUUUUGGUAAGGUUGCAGCAUAUGUUUAUACCAUCGAAUAUCAAAAAAGAGGUCUACCACAUGCUCAUUUCUUAAUUAUACUUCAGAAAGACUGGAGAAUUUAUGCACCUGAAACUUUUGACGAAAUUGUUUCAGCAGAAAUACCUAACAAAACGAGAAAUUUACAUUUAUAUAAAGUUGUCCUUAGACACAUGAUGCGUGGUCCUUGCGGAAUAUUAAAUCCAGCCAAUAUAUGUAUGGACAAAGACGGCAUCUGUAAGAAUCGAUACCCCAAAGAAUUUACAACUAAUACAACUGUUGAAACUGAUUGUUUCCCUUCAUACAAACGUUCUAACAAUGGAGUCAUUGCUAGAAUUAGAGGAAAAGAUUUAGACAAUCGGUGGGUUGUUCCAUACAAUCCGUAUCUUGUUUCCAAAUAUAAUUGUCAUAUUAACGUUGAGAUUUGUUGUACAGUUAAAGCUGUUAAAUAUCUAUACAAGUAUAUUUAUAAAGGACAUGAUCGUGUUGCUUUCAAUAUCAUUAGCAAAGAAAAUAACCAACAAAUUGACGAAAUCGAACAAUUUCAAUCGGGAAGAUGGAUUACUCCACCUGAAGCAAUGUGGAGAAUAUACGGUUUCACGCUUAACGAAAUGUAUCCAUCAGUUUAUAGUUUGCACCUACACCUAGAAGAUCAACAUUUGAAUUUGGACUCCGAGGAAAAAAAAACUGUUAUAGGCCGAAUUGUUACAGCCAAUCCAUUUGAAGGUGAAAGAUAUUAUCUACGGAUGUUAUUGAAUCAUAUCAGAGGAGCAACGUCAUUUGAGAAAUUAAGAACAGUUAAUGGUGUUGUACUACCAAUGUAUCGUGAAGCAGCUACUUCUCAUGGUUUGUUAAACAAAGAUAGUAGCUUAGAAGAUUGUUUAGAAGAAGCUUGUCUAUAUCAGAUACCAAGUAGUUUAAGACACCUUUUCUCAACAAUUUUGGUGUAUUGCAAUCCUACGAACCCAAAAGAACUUUGGGAGCGAUUUGAAAAAGAAAUGUCUACAGAUUUUCUUAUAAGAAACGUGUCAUCAACAGUUGUUAGGAAGAUGGUUCUACAAGAUAUUGCUUCCACACUAGAAUCUAUGGGAAAAGAUAUAAAUAUGUAUCGUUUUGUUCCUGCCGAUAUAUUUUACAGUCAAGAUGAAUUUACAAAUAGAGAAAUUGACAACGAACGAGUAGUCACAAUUCCAACUGAAGAUUUACUUGCAUCACAAGUCCUAAAUUCUGAACAAAAAAAUGCGUAUGAUUUGAUAUUGCAUACAUUAGUAUCAAAUAAAGCUGAUGCUUUUUUCGUUGAUGGCCCUGCUGGUACUGGUAAAACUUUUCUAUACAGAGCACUUCUAGCAGAAAUUAGAUCGAAAAAUAUGAUAGCACUUGCAACUGUGUCAUCCGGUGUUGCUGCCUCCAUCUUACCUGGAGGACGAACAGCACAUUCAAGAUUUAAGAUUCUAUUAAAUGCACAUAAAAGCAGCACAUGUAAUGUGAGUAAACAGGGAAAUCUUGCUAAAUUAUUACGACUUGCAAAAUUAAUUAUAUGGGAUGAAGCACCCAUGUCUACAAAACAUUCAAUAGAAGCAUUAGAUAAAAUGUUGCAAGAUAUUAAUGAUACAGAUCUCCCUUUUGGUGGGAAAGUUAUUGUUUUUGGUGGAGACUUUCGACAAGUAUUACCUGUGAUUCGUAAUAGCAGAAAAGAACAACAGAUUGAUUCAAGCUUAGCUUCUUCUUAUUUAUGUUGUAAUCUGAUCGAUGCACGAAUUUCAUCUGGUCACCACAGUGGUAAAAGAGUUUUUAUACCUAGAAUUGCAUUUUUACCAGAAACAACUGAAAAUAACGGCUUCCCAUUUAAGAGGACACAAUUUCCUGUUAGGUUAAGUUUUGCAAUGACAGUAAAUAAAUCACAGGAACAAACGUUAAAUUCUGUCGGAAUAUACUUACCAGAACCUGUCUUUUCUCAUGGACGUUAUAUGUUGCACUUUCAAGAGCUAAGACUGCUGAUUCGGUCAAAAUGCACAUAA